AUCCCGGAAAGCGACAGACACAAGCGUUUUCGCUCAUUUCUCUGCAGAUUUUAACAGCGAAGCAAAGUUGUCACAAUGCCGAUGAUCUGCGGAGGAACUUCAGGGGCACAGGAUGCCGACGAAAAGAUUCAGACGAUCUGUGAGAGCAUGAAGCCUCAUGCAGAGCAGAAAGCGGGGAAGGCCUAUGAAGUUUUCAUAGCCAAGUCCUACAAGACGCAGCUUGUGUCUGGGACCAACUACUUUAUUAAGGUCCAUGUCGGAGGAGAGGAAUACAUUCACCUCCGUGUUUAUGAAAAACUGCCCUGUCAUGGAGGAGGCCUUGAACUGUCCAGUAUGCAGCAAACCAAGACCCACCAGGACCCUAUUGAGUACUUCUAAAGGGGUCACAAACUAAGCAAAGCAUCCCAUCAGUGCCUACAGGCUGCACUCUCAUUUUAAUCAGUUAAUAUUGCAUUGUCCUGCCUCUUUAUGUUAAUGCUACCAUUGCUAAUGUGCUAUGUAAUAACAUACUGUAUAUGUAGUAUGUCAAAAUGGAACUAUUUUGUACUAGGUGCAUUAAAAAAAAUGGUUACUGAGUAAAUUAAGCCUGCACUUAUUGUGUUAUAGCUUUCUCUAUAUAUAGUGAGUUUACCUGCUUGUUCAUUUUCAUUUCUAAUAUUGUGCAAAAGCUUGAAAAAAUGCUUCAGCUAUCCUUUACAAACGGAUCGGUCAUCAAGUCCAUGCUGCACCCUCACUGUGGUGGGUGUGACUCCAGAAUGCAUGUUUAGCUUACAUAUGGGGUGUGUGUGUGUGUAUAUAUGUGUGUCUGCGUUGUCUAAAAUAGUGAUUUUUUUUCUUUGCAUUAUUCAAAGGUAAAUUUAAAAAUGUAUCUUUUAUAAUAAAGAGCUUUCAGGCUUCAUACACACCUGUAGUGAAAAAUGGCAGCACAGUAAACUGAAUACACACUGAAAUUCUUUCCAUUGUGUUUCAACAAAAAAACGCCAUAUGUAAGCUAAACGUUCUUGAGUUACACCUACCACAGUGACGGUGCAGCAUGGACUUUAUGACUGAUCUGUUUGUUAGGAUAGCUGAUGCAUUAUUUUGACAUGAGUAUGAAGGAAAAGUCAUUACAGUAUCAUAGAGCUAAAGUUGGUACAGUACAAAUGUCGCACUAGAUCAGUCAUAAACAAAUUUAACAUAUAUACUCUUUUAAGCAUGAAGGUUUUAUUUUUUGUAAUUAUUACCACUUGUCUCAUGACCCAGUGUGGCUACCAUAUGUGAUGUCAGAUUUCUGUUUGUUUUUGUUUUGUGUGAGUUCACCAAACCAAGUUCCCUUCAGCACUAGGGAAGCGAUAAAUGUUGAAUCCUGAAUCUAUAAUAAUUCCGGUGCACAGCACAGGCAAAAAAUUCUUAGCACACAGGUAAAAACACAUAAUCACAUUUAUAUUCUGCACUCAGAUGCUCUUACCUAAAUUAAAUUGUUGACCCAGCUGACUAAACCGUCUGUUUGAAACUUAAGCAAUCCUCCAAAUCCCAACCCCCCCAAAAAAAGAUGGAAUUCUACAAGCCAUGUGGUUAAAAAUGCUGAAACCGCUGAUUGUACGAUUAAUCACACAACUUUAAAAUAACUCAGUCAUGCACCUCAGUCACACACCUCACAUCUCGUGAGUGCAGUUCCUCUUUUUAAAGCACAGUCUGCAUGAUUUUUAUUCCCACUAAAAGAUGAAAUAACUUUGCAGAUAUUUGAUGAUCUCAUGUUGAACUCACAGUCACUUUUUUAUUUUCUUUCAAGUCUUUUUCCAUGAAGUGUUCAUGUGAUUUUUAAUGCAACAGGAGGAAAUAAUAAUGUCCUCCUUACUUCUGUUUUAAAUAAUAAAUUCUGUCUCAUUUCCA